GACAGAGAGAGAGACGCUUGUUGCCGAACAUCUGUGGGUGCCUCGGACAUUUUCGUGCUGGUCGCCGUCCCCCAUCCUUUGGCGAAGCGGCAUUGCACAGGGACCCGUUGAUGGAGGACUUUGAUGAAAUCUACGAGGAGGACGAGGAUGAGGCCAGGGAGGAAGAGCAGCUGCUUAAGUACACUCCGGACCCAGUGGUGGUGCGGGGAUCCGGCCACGUCACUGUGUUUGGACUGAGUAACAAGUUUGAGUCUGAGUUUCCCUCCUCACUAACAGGAAAGGUGGCACCGGAGGAGUUUAAGGCCAGUAUCAGCCGGGUGAACGGGUGUCUGAAGAAGACGCUGCCCGUGAACGUGCGCUGGCUGCUCUGCGGCUGCUUGUGCUGCUGCUGCACGCUGGGGUUCAGCCUGUGGCCCGUCAUCUGUCUCAGCAAGAGAACACGACGGUCUGUGGAGAAGUUGCUAGAAUGGGAAAACAAUAGACUAUACCACAAGCUCUGCCUGCACUGGAGACUGAGCACACGGAAAUGUGAAACCAAUAACAUGAUGGAAUAUGUCAUCCUGAUAGAGUUUCUACCCAAGAGCCCGAUAUUCCGGCCGGACUAGCCCCCACCUGUCCCAGUCUGCAGGGUGUCCUCCACAAUGGUGCCUUACUGUGGGACUACGGGACACUGCCCUACGUCUCUGUACAGACCUGAACUUUACAGACAUGGCCUACAGACACGUCCUACGCCUCAAUACGGACCUGAACUUUAGACACAUCCUACGCCUCUGUACAGACCUGAACUUUACAGACACGGCUUACAGACACGUCCAACAUCUCUGUACAGACCUGAAAUUUACAGACACGGCCUACGUCUCUGUACAGACCUGAACUUUACAGACAUGGCUCUACGUCUCUGUACAAACCUGAACUUAAGGACACAGUCCAUUUGAGAAUGCAGUCAGCUCAUCCUGUGGACUGCCCUCUCGUUGCGAUGGUUACAGACUCUGAGAUAUCCCUACAGGUGCACUGCAGCAGGACAGCCCUGGCCUGCUGUCUGUCAGUGGACAUUGGUGAGGACAUUGGUGCAUUGUGAGUGUGAGUGUGAGUGUGAGUGUGUGAGAGAGAGAGAGAGAGAGAGAGAGAGAGAGAGAGAGAGAGAUAGAUGAUGACUGGGUUAUCAUCAUGAGGGUUCUACUCAGGUGGGUUUUCAUCGUGGGGGUUCCACUCUGCUGGGUUCCCAUCAUGGGGGUUCUACUCAGCUGGGUUCUCAUCGAGAAGGUUCCACUCAGCUGGGUUCUCACCGUGGGGGUUCCAGUCAGCUGGGUUCUCAUCAGUAAUCUUCCCGACACGUCUGCAAUCUUCAUAGAUGCCAGUGUGGGAGGCCAGGCAAAGUACAGUGUAAAAGCAGGCUACAUUAUGGGAAAUGUAUUCUGUUUGUUGUCUGUAGGGUACUGUAUGUGCAUUAUUGAUUUACUGAUUUUAUUAAAAUAAUUUGUCUCCAA